AUGGCUCCGUCGUUGAAUAACCAUUCUUCUUUUACCCGCCCUCGCACUGGCGACCGUGAUGGCCGGCCCAGCACGCGCGACCAGGCCGGCGCGGAUAUGCUUAUUCCCAGUCGGACUUCGUCACUGCACUCUCGUAUCACGCAGCCAAUUCCAUCGACUUUUAACGUGAAGCCUCAACAGCGAACACCAAAGACUCUUACUCAUGCCUAUAUGGUGUGCGGCGUCGGCCGCGAGCCGUCGCAAUGGGUGAAGGCGCCGGCUCCCGCUCAGGGCAAGAUUGGCCAUAUGAAGGGUGCUGUUGGUCAAUUUUGGCUCCCUGAGAUUCUCGGCAGCAGCCCUCGUCUGGAGCAAGAUAACGAGAUUGCUCGCGCUCUCCAUUCCGCUAUGAGGGCUUGCUUUCCGCACGAUGUUGAGAUUUGCACUGGCAGGAGCCAACCCCACUGCGUUCACCACGCUUUUGUGCUCCAGCAAGACUCUUCUCACACCUUGUACGGCAUCUGCCUCCGAGUUUGGUCUCGAGCCGACGAAAAGAGGGCUGAGACCAUCCGGGACUUGCGCAAGAGGACCGAGUCUGACUUUUAUGACAACCCAGACGAGACUUACUGGAUCCCUUACUGCCUGUCCUUCCUAUCCCGCUACCCCCUUUACAACCUCCUGGGCGACUAUCUGCGAGGCAUGUGGAUUCACUGGAAUAAGGCUACCAACUUGUUUCACGCCGAGGAAGUCUCGCGUAUUCUGAGCUUCCCGGCUCCUAGGCUGAACGACUUGGUCCGCAUUGACAUGAAGGACUAUGCUCUCUGCUACCAAUUUCCUUCCUCCCCUACUGGGUUCCAGAAUUUUUCCAUGUGGCCGCUUUUCAACUGCUUGUCCAUCCCCAACAUUGUUGGUGUUAUUGAGGCAGCCAUUUCUCCGACUCGACGAAUCAUCUUUGUGAGCCACUAUGCCGCCAUGCUCACAAUUGCCGCCGAAACAGUGCGGUACUGCGUCCGAGUUUACGAAUGGAGCGGUCUUUACGUCCCGGUUGUACACGCCCGCCAUGCACAGGAGCUUGUUCAAGAGCCCGGUCCUUAUAUCUUGGGUGUGACUGCCGAGUGUCGAUCUCUCUUCACUGCCCCUACUGACGCUUUGGUUGUUGACCUGGACCGCAACUUUGUUCUCACAUCUAGCCCACCUACUGCGCUUACUCCUGGUCAGCGCAACAAAUUUGUUACUCGCCUGACUCAGUCUCUCAACGGCGACGUCACCCCUGCUGGCGUUCCCCAUCAUCUUCGAUCAGCAUAUGGCGGCGGCAAGCUGGUCCCUGCUGGUCAGAUCAUUGUCAUGCGCGGAGAAGUUGAGUCUAUCCAGGACCCUGAGUGGUGGAACCAGGAUGCGAUUAUGGCUGUUAUGGACCAUGUCUGCGAAAAGACGGGCCGCAAUACAGGUAUCAAGGCCGUAUUCGGCGGCUCUGUGAAGAAGCCUCUCAUGACCAAAGUUUCAAUGAGACAUCUCAAUGAAAUUGUUCGAGAGCGAAAUCAGUAUUCUCGUGACGCUCUCGAAGCGUGGCAAGAUUUCAUCAAUCUCAAGGGCCGCAUGGACACGGAGCUCAGCAAGGUCAACAAGAGAAACAACUAUCUUGUCGAGGAGCUCGAGAGCUGGAAACAGCAAUUCCUCAAAUUCCAGGCCUUCGCUGAACAGCUUACCAAGGAGACACAGGAUCUCAAAGUCAAGAUUGAGACACACAAGAGAGAGAACCGCCGACUUACUGGUCUCCUUGACCAACAGAAGGAUGAUAAUGCUCGCAUGUCUGUCCGUCUUACCGGCACUGAGAAGCAGCGUGAUGAUGCUCUCAUGGCUCUAGUUCUCCAGCAGGAGAUGGCCGAGGAUCUUGAGCGUGAGAGACAGAGGAACAAGAAGGAGCUUGCCCAGCUCAGCCAUACCAAUUCUACUCUCUUGCGACAACGUGACGAAGCUCGCCGUGUGGUGAUGCAUCUGCAGAGUUUGAUCGGUGGCCAGAGCCACCACAUGGAGCAUCUCAUUCAUUCUCUUACUAAGCCUGACGAGCUGGUUGCCGAGGUUGAGGCAGGCUAUGAGAGUGAUGAGCGGGGGAGCUCGGAUGGCGCGUCUGGCGACGAUAAUACGAGCCAACUGAAAUCUCCACGCAGCAAGCGACUCUCUGCGGCUAGCUUUGCUGACGUUGCCGACCGUCACCUCAAAGACAAGACUGAUGCUAUAGCCCAUAUUGUGCGCAACAUUGCUGACCAGUGUCAGGCCGCUGUGGAGAGCCUGCAGCUGGCCCACGAUGCUGAGUACCGAUCAAGCCGACGUCACAGCGGCCUGUCCAAUACUCAGAGUGAGGACGGCCAUGACGACCGCUCUGUUGCCACCUCAGAUAAUGGCGAAGAGAGACGCCUCCAGCCUGGACGUACGUCCAGCAUCCCUCCUACUCCGGAUCUGAUCCCCAACCGCAGCAGCACUGCCAUGUCCUUUGCUUCGGCUACUACUACACCUGAGCGAUCUAGCCAGCAGUAUAAUUUGAAGGACGAGAUCCCCACAAAGAUUGUCGAGGACGACGAGGAGGACUACGAGGAGAACCGCAGUGAGGGCGGCGGCGGCGCCACCAAUGAGAACGGCGUUGUAGCCAAACACACCGAGUCGCUCUUGCAUCGCCCAUCUGGUGCCAGAAUCAGCGCUCUUGGGGCCAGCGGCACUCGGUGA